GGAUGUGGCUGUGCAAAGAACUGAGUCUUUGUCUAGGUUCAUCAUGAAGAUACCUUGUUUCAGGCACCACAUUUGGUUACUUCCACCAUCUUUAUCCAAUGAGAAGUAUAUAAAGGUAGAAGAAGACCAAUCAACAGUCGUUUUGUUCUGGCACUGAUGUUCCAUGAAAAAGUUGAAAUGCCCUCUUGCUUCAUUCUGUCAAAAGGUAUAUAUCAAACACCUGCAAUACAAAGGUCAAAGUUUUCAUUUAUGAUAGCACCAUAGAUAUAAAUGCACAAAAAUUAAAAGAUCACAGCUCUCACUUGUUGUACAUCAUGGAUUUGUGGCUAUUUUAUGUGCUGCUGAGCGGGGUUAUUCUGCAGAUGGUUUGCUGUCUGCCUGUUCAAGAACUAAAGGCACGAAAUGAAGACAGUGGAAUAGAUCAAGAUAUCUUCGAUAUCAAUGAAGCAUUGGGACUGAACUUGUUCGAGGGUGAUAUCAAACUUGAUGAUGAGAGACCAGAACGCAACUCCAUUAUUGGCAAUGAAUAUCGAUGGCCUCACACCAUUCCAUAUGUCCUUGAGGACAGCCUAGAUAUGAAUGCAAAGGGGCUGAUCCUCAGUGCAUUUGAACAGUAUCGCCUAAAAUCUUGUAUUGAUUUCAAACCCUGGGAAGGCGAAACAAAUUACAUAUCUGUCAUCAAAGGGAGUGGUUGCUGGUCCUCUGUGGGAAACCGCCGAAAAGGGAGGCAAGAACUCUCCAUAGGAGCCAACUGUGACAGGAUUGGGACGAUUGAGCAUGAAUUCCUUCAUGCACUGGGAUUCUGGCAUGAACAGUCACGAUCUGAUCGAGAUGAUUAUGUCACAAUAAUGCGAGACAGAAUUCAAGAGGGUAAGGAAGGAAACUUCAACAAAUAUGAUGAUAAAAUAUCUGACUUCCUUAAUGUCCCAUAUGACUAUAACUCUGUAAUGCACUACAGUAAAACUGCCUUCAGGAAUGGAACAGAACCAACAAUAGUAACAAAUAUACCAGCCUUCAUUGAUGUGAUUGGACAGCGCAUGGAUUUCAGUGAAUAUGAUAUCCGGAAGCUGAGUCAACUCUACAACUGCACUUCAUCUUUAAGCUUUAUGGAGACAUGCAGUUUUGAAUUUGAAAACGUGUGUGGCAUGAUUCAAAGUACAGAAGAUAAUGCUGACUGGCAGCGCAUAACCCAGGUUCCUAGUGGACCACAAACGGAUCACACCUAUGUUGGACUCUGCCAAGAGACUGGCUACUUUAUGCAUUUUAACACCAGUGCUGGAAGAGCGUCAGAGCGAGCGGUUUUAGAGAGUCGAUUUCUGUAUCCCAAGAGAGGCUUCCAGUGCCUACAAUUCUAUUAUUACAACAGCGGAAGUGAAAGUGAUCAGCUGAAUGUUUUAGUCAAGGAGUACACUGAUGCAAACCCCAAUGGGACCCAAAGGCUUGUGAAAAUGAUACAAGGUUCACCUGCAGGCUACUGGGAGCUACACCACGUGUCUUUAAAUGUUGCAAAUAAAUUCCGAGUAGUAUUUGAAGGCAUCAAAGGAUCUGAUGCAUCUAAUGGAGGCCUUUCCAUUGAUGAUAUCAACCUGUCAGAAACCCAGUGCCCUCACCAUGUUUGGCAUAUAAGAAAUUUCACUCAGCUGGUUUCAAGCGCUACAAUAUUAUAUAGUCCACCCUUUUACUCUCCCAAGGGGUAUGCAUUUCAGAUUGGUUUGGUCCCCAGAGUUACCACCAGUUCAUUUAAUUUACAGAUAGAUUUGCACUUGAUCUCUGGUACAAAUGAUGACCAGUUGCAGUGGCCUUGUGCAUGGCAACAAGCUACAGUACUUCUGCUUGAUCAACAUCCAGACAUCCGCCAACGUAUGUCAAAUCAAAGGAGUAUAACUACAGACCCAAGCCAGCUAGAAUAUGAUAGACCAGAUAACGUAGGAAUAGUUGCUACUUUUCCUAAUGGCACUGAAUUCAUGAGAGGUCCCGCAACUGAAUUCAGUUCCUUUAUAACACUUCAAAGACUUGAAAGUCGUGAGUUUGUUAAAGAGGAUAGUAUUUUCAUUCUUACAACAGUGGAAGAUAUAUCACAUUUAAUAUCAACUCAGCCAAAUUCUACAGUCAUCACUCCAACUGCAGUCACUACUGGUGUGUGUGAGGCCUAUGGCUGUCAAAAUGAUGGAAUCUGCAUUCUUGAAGAGGGGAAGCCAGUUUGCAGAUGCCCUGUAGGUGCAGAUUGGUGGUAUGUGGGAGAAAAAUGCGAGCAGAAGGGAUCCAUUCAGGACACAGUUGUGAUAGCAGUUGCCUCGUCUCUAUCUAUAUUUGCUGUUAUGUUGAUCAUCACCAUUGUAACGACCAGCUGUGUUAAAAAGAAAUAUAGGGAAAAAAUGGAAGCCAUGGAAAGCCUGGGUUUACAAAAUAAAACACAUCUCUGAAGAUAAAGUUUGGAAACCAAAAUGGAUGGCCUCACUUGAACACCUCAUUCAUAACUUCAUGUCCAGCACGGUUUCUUCUUUGCCAACCGACAUUUUACUUACAGGAAAAAAGAGAAAGGAAAGGAAAUUAUUUGUGUGUGAAUUUAAAUCAAUGCAAAAAAAAGUGGCUAAAAGGGAUAUUUUAAAUUUAGAGAUGGUGCAAGUUUAAGGAUUUCUCUAAGCAAAGUGGUCAGAUUUCUUUAUUUCCACCACAUAAUUUAUGAAACGAAACUGGGAGGUUUCCCUUCUGUAUAAACAAUAUGGACCCAGAGAGAAGACAUGUGUCUCAAUUUUUUCCAGAGGGGGUUUCAUUUGCAGGUGGUUCCCCUCCAGAAUCUUUAAAUGGCUUUUUAAACAUCUGAGUUCAAAAAAUUGAUUGGGGAUUUGGCACGAUAGCAUUUCAAGGGGGAAAGUGGGUGGAAAAUCACAUAUGCUUCAGUGACAGCCCUUUUCUGAAAAACUCAUCAACUGCCUGGCUGCUUUGUGAACUCAAAGGUAUAAAAAGCUGUUAACCUCCCUUGUAGGGAGGUAACCGAAGUUCUAAGUUGUGUUUAGGUCAUUUCCACUGGGGAUGGCUAUAUCAGUUGUGCAAAAUAUUAGCAAAACCUCUUUGGGGAUAACAGAACCUGCAUCCUUUCUUCCAAUAUACUGAAUGAUGGAGCUUCCCAAUUUUAUUUAUUAGGUUGUUAAAAUGUGCCCAAGGAUAAAAGUAGCUUAUUGUAGGCGCCAUCAGACAAAAUGGGGAGAAGAGUUGCAUUACUGAGGUUAGCCUUUAUUAUCUUGCUAACACUGCAUAACAGAGUUGUACAAGUAUGAUGAGCAAAGGAUAAUAAAAACAUCAAUGCCCUAUUAACUUUGUAUGCUCCUAUGUAUUAAUAGGAGAUGGAUCUUCUCUACUGAAUGUCCCCAUUGUAAAGAACUCUCAUUACCUUCAAAGAUCAAACACAAAAUAGCUUUAAUAUACUUGCAGCCAUGAAUGUAUUGCAAUAAAAGGUGCUUGUAAAGAAAAACAUGUAUUAAGUCUUAUUAGCUAAAACAUGAAAUUUAACCCGAGUUUGCAUUUUAUUUUAAUAGUUAUUGCUAUAAAAUCCAAAUCCUAAAUAAACUCCUUCUUAGUCUUUUUUCACAAUAAUUCAUAUAGUUUUCUUUACAAAACUUCUUGCAACCCUACAAGCGAUGCCAAUUGAUUACAAUUGUCUUUCAAAUAUAAUAUAUCAUAAAUUUAUUCCAAUCUUUCCGGAAAGUCUGGUCCUGAAUUUUCCCAGUUAAUUUUGCCAACUCAGCUGCCAUAUCAUUUCUUUAAAAUUAUUGUCUUUGAUAUCUUUCUCACAGCUGAUGAGAGAAAGCUGGGAAUGAGAAGCAAAAAAUGAACAGAUCUCCCAAUGAAAGGGUGUGGAAGUGGAGUCUUCUGAGAAUCUGUUCCUUUUAACUUAUAAAUGAUCUGGAGUUGGGGGUAAACCAUGAGGUGCUGAGUAUGCUGAUGAUACCGGAUCAUUCAGGGUGUUUAAAACCAAAAAAAUUACAAGGAGCUCUAAAAGAAUCUCUCCAAAUUGAGGUGAAUGGGCAGUAAAAUGGCCCACAAUGCAACUCACUGUAAGUGAUGCACAUUGAGGCAGAAAAUCCUAAUUUCACAUGUGCAUUAAUAGGAUCUGCACUGGUGGUGAUAGACCAGGAAUGAAACCUUGCAGUCAGGGUGUUUAUCUUGAUAAGGAUAUCAGCUCAGUAAGCAGGAACUGAAAAAAUAGGGAUAGGGACUGAAAAUAAAAUUGCCCAAAUCAUUAUGCUGUUCUACAAGUCUAUGGUGCAUAGACUGGACUAAUACUUAAAUAUUUAUGUAACAGAUCUAAGCUAAUGCAGUAAUACCAUUAUGAUAAUGCUAGCGAUUAAAUGGGCAUCAGACACACGAACAUUAGGUAAAACUACAGACUUACAUCCAUAAAGUUAUUUAUGGCAGGGGUGGCUAAGCUGUGAAACAUUAUAGACCAUCUGAGAAACACACUGAACUGGAGGACAGAUUAAUUGCAUACCAUUUACAUACCGGUAUCUUCAGAAAGUGUGCAUCUCCCCAUCUUCCUCUCCUCUCUUGCCAGGUAGGCAGGCAGCAGACGAACCUUGGCUCGAUCCAAGCAACCAUAAUCAGGAUGAAAAUAGGUGCAAAUAUUUGAAGAACACUGCCAGCAGCUGAGUUCCCAUUGGAGGACAAUAGCUAGUCUCUCUGAGGUGGAAGACACAAAGAAAUGAGAAUGCCAGUGAAGUACUGUGGCUAGAGAGCAUAAGAGUUCAAAUCUUCACUCUGCUUCAAGGUUUACUGCUUUUCUUGGAUUCCCCAGCCCUCCAUCUAUCCUACCAAAAAGGUUUGCUGCAAUUAUAAAAAGGGAUUACCAUCUAGGUUGCUUUUAGCUCCUUGGAAGAACUCCUAGAGCUUGUUCUACAUAUUGGGCUAGACUCACACAUUAAAAAGUGAAACUAAAUCUAAAGAUGUUCAGGAUGCACAGGAAAAGGUCAGGUAGUUUCUAAAACAGCUUUCUUUAAAAUGGCAUAAACACUUGCACAAUUUCUUGAGUGCUAACAGCUAGCGGUAAUUUUCCUUCUGUUCUCUGCACACAACCCAGAUUAAAAAUGUCAAGCUGCAUAUGGUAGGCAUGACUGAAAUUUGCAACCCUAUAUUAUGGCAGUUGUGACUCAGCCUUUGAAAAAUUGAAUCUUAAAAAGUUGUUAAUGCACUAACCUACUUGUUCGGGCGCCAACAGGUUGGCGUGCUGAAGGCAGCAGUCUGAUGCAGAGGGAGCCUAGGUCCACAGUCUGGGUCAGGAGAAGCCAAAGUCAGGAACACCGGAAUCAGGCACAGGACGAGCAAGGCCAACCAUGCGCUUCAGCACAGCAGUUGCAAGUGCUGGCGAAGGGAGCAGCCAGCCUUCCUUAAGUAGCCGGCUCAAUCAUCACCAUGCCUCUUACGAGCUGCAGCUGCCUCCAAUUGUUCCCUCCGUUUCUCAGCUCUAUGCUCUACAGCUGAGAAGGGAGGAGGGGAGGGGGCCCGUCAGCUCCUCUCCUCACAAGGGCCUGAUUCUGCCUCAACUUCUUCCCCCUCCUGCUUUGGUCUUCCCUCUUCCCUAUCUGAUACUUCCUCUUCUGAGGAGUGCCGCCACCAGUCUUCUCCAGGUAUUGGGGGGGGGGGGGCUUGCCACCACUCUUCCUCGUCCGGCUCAACCCUGACACUACUAUAGGUUAGAAACUGGUUUGCAAAUCUUGGUUAAUCAAUAUUAGGGUAUGUUCGUGUUACUACUUACUGUGACUCUCAACAUGCUCCCACCACUGUUUUGUUUUGUUUUGUUUUGAAGCCGUGUUCACACAUCAGCCUCAAUCCACCUGUGUGCUGCAGCUUUUGGGGAAAACUCCUCUUUGAUGUGUUUUUCUUGAAACCAGCUCUCAUCCAGUUUGAAAAUGGAAGCGACGCUGUGCUGUGAACAGUUUGGGCGGCUUUUGCAGGUGCACAGAUGAUGGCUUCACAUGGUGCAGGAAAAGAAAUCAAGUGAAGGCACACACACUUUGGCGCUGGUGUGCAUAGUGAUGGGAGAAAGCCACUUGGAAAUGCAACUUCAUAGCUUCUCAGGCUGCUAGUGGGAGCAUAGCCUUUGUGUCAGUUCAGAUGAAACACUGCAUCACAGUUAAUGCUAAGUUGGGGAAAUCCAUCUGACUGAGGGAAUGCUCAAUCUUCUAAUCAUGAAUCUUCUCUAAUCUUCCAAACACUAGCCCAGCCCUAAAUGCAACUCUUUCGAUAGCAAAUUAGGAUGGUUAAUGCCAGCAGGAUUGUAACAAAAGGGAUGUGUCAGUAUUCUUAGAAAAACUCUUAAGGUUUGCAGAAAGUAAAAAAAAAACAUUACAAAAAGCCCAAGAGGGCAAACCCUUUCUCCAAAACCCAAAUGAGGCCUGAGCAUGCUUA